AUGGCUGGUCGAGCCUCGUUCCCAAACCUGGGUCGGACCAGUGUCGCUCCCAACCGCUCUGCACGGUGGGACCGAGAUUUCUUUGAUGAACGGGAACAUGACAUGACCCUUGAGCGUGGGCGCGGCUCUGGUCGUGACCGAUUCGAAGCCCUUCCCAUCCGAACUCGCAACCCGGACGACGAUGAUGACUACUUUCGCCAGAGCCGUCGUGUACCUCCGCCUAGGGAGCACUCCGUCGAUGGACGCUUUAUGCACGACCGCCGAGCCCGCCGCCCUCAUUUCGACGAGGAAGAGGACGACGAUCUCCUUUUUCGUGAGCGGCGCCGUGUCAUGUACGACGAUAUCGAGACUCCCCGUCCUCCCUCUACCACGCGCCGACGACGGUCUCCUUCCGCAAGUUCCUUCGUCCGCCGAAGACCAUCUUCCGAAAGAGAAAGAUUCCGCAGCCCAUCUCCCCCAACACGCCCUACUGCGAGGAUGAGGAGACGUACCUCCAGUGUCGAUACAUAUGAUCGAAAGCCCAAGGGCUUCUACGACCGCGAAGAGUAUGACCCGCCCGCCAGAAGGUCCGACUACCGCAUUCCUCCCAAUGUGCCGAUCCCGCUGCCUAGGCACAAGGCUUUGCCUCCUCCAAGAGUUUAUGCCGAGCACGACUACUUCCAAGAUAUCCAAGUUUCGGAUCCUUAUCGAUAUGGUGACGAAGACUUCCAUGCGUUCCCUGGGGGAGAAAAGUUCCGUGAGCGCGAGGUCGAGAAGGAAGUUAUCCACACAAGGCGCGGCCGGAGAGACCGAAGCAGGGACUCGCGUACUUCCCGUGCCACCAGUCGUAGCCGUCGAAGCAGCCGCCGAAGCAGAUCGGUGGCAUCAAGCACCAGCAGCUCUUCGAGUAGCAGCGGCGGUACUACCAUCACAAGCAAGAGCGAGUAUCCGAAGAAGGGAAAGACAAGAAUCCCCUCUCGCUUACUCUCGAGGCGGGCUCUCAUUGAAAGUGGCUUUCCUUUUGUCGAGGAGGGAACUACUACCAUUAUACAGAAGGCUCUCGGUCAAGAGCAUAUCGAUCAUCUGCUCAAAAUGAGCGACGAGUACAAGAAGGCUGAACUUGAGAUCCACGCCGCUCGCUCGAGUGCCGGCGAUGUCAUUGAGGAACGCGAAGAAUCUCGCACGGAGAUCAUCGAAUACACCGACACAGCUAUUCCAGGGCCACCACAUCAUACGACACACUACACUCAAACCACUACCCAUGCUCACCCGCAUGUUCAUACCACCACCGUACAUACCCACUCGCCUGUUCAAGCCACAUACACCCAGCCAGUGAUGGUAAACGCGACACCGCCCGUACAUACUCAACAAGUCGACUUCGCAAAGACUGUACAGGUCCGCGACGUCUCUCCUUCACGGGCUUCCUCCUACAGCUCAUGGGAUAGCACCUCCUCUUGGACCGACUUGACCUGCACGACUGGUACCACAUGCUCUACCUGCUCUACUGCAACAGUCGCACCUCGAGGACAUGUACACACGCCCCAAGUUGUCCACGUCGCACACCCAGACGAAUUUUCCAAGGGGUUGAUGAUUCUCGAUAAGAGUCACAGCAUGAGUCGAAGCCGCAGUCGCCAUCGCAGUCAAAGCCGCAGUCGCCAUCACAGUCGUCAUCGCAGUCGCCAUCGCAGUAGCCAUCGCAGUCGCCAUCGUAGUCAAAGCCGCCGAAGCCGUAGCCGCCACCAUUCGUACGAAAAAGAACGACACGGCAGCAGAGGCAAUCUCGUUCUCGCCGAGCGCCUAGCCACCGGCGAGCUUGUUCUGCAUGAGGAAGAAGUCGAGAGGAUCGAGGAGCCCAGGAGGGGUGUGAGGCUUGAGAAGGACAAGAGAGGUAGGAUGUCUAUCAGUGUGCCGAGGAAUCGCCGAUAA